UGUUAAUAACAAAAAUUUGUGGAUUUGAUUGUACUAUAUAUACUUAGUACUACAGAUUGUAGUUGCUUGUUGCUAAGGAGAAUAAAUUUUGUUUAAUCAUUUUUUUUAUUUUAUCUACACGUAUAAGUACGCUGAAUGAUAAAUAUUUAAAUCUUAAAUUUUAAAGAAUAAUAAUAUAAUAUUACAAUGGCCAAAUCUGUUACUGUAUAUGAGAAGCCAACGCCUCAUCUUGGUCUACCAGAUUGGUAUGCAAAGCAAUGGGAACUUGAAGAAUCUGCAAGUAAUCGUAUAAAUAAUUCUUUUGAGCUUCGAAAUACUGGGCGUACUUUACGAAAUGAAACCAAAAUUAAAACAGAGUGGGAUACUUUGUUAAACAGCACAAGGUUGGAUAAUAGAGUAAAAGAACUUUCAACAUGGGAAGAAAUUUUAGCAAAAUUAUUUAAGGAACUCUCGGUAGAAAAAAAACGACUACGAGAUGCAAGAGCUGAGGCUGAAAAAGACCUAGAGAAUAUUGAACAUCCACUUAAAGUUGCAGCUGAGUGUAUUUCUAUGAGAGAUUGUCGCAGAGGUAGCGAGUUGACUUACGAUGAACCUGAUACUGAGGUUAAAAAAGAGCUUACGGUAAUAGAAGCAUUUAAAAAAAACUUGACAGAAAAAGUCCAAUCAGCUUGGGAAAAAUUAAAUCGGCUUGAACAAAUUGAAUUUGAAGUUAGUUUGGAUCUAACAGACAAAUCCGAGGCCAUUACAAUUGACAAAGACAAUACUAAUCUUAAUCGAAAUUCAGCUACUGUCAGUUACAAGCCAAAUGCUUUGAGAAUUCCUAAAGAGGCUAAAACAUACGACACUUGGUUAAAACAUUGUCGUCAUAUUAAACUAUUGGCUGAAAAUGAAUUAAAAGAUACCCAUAUCUUUCGCGAUAUAAUGGUUGCUAUGCAAAAACGUGCAAAAAAUGAUAUAGAGGCUCAGCAAGAUGCUACUGAUUAUGCAUUGAGAAAAAGAAUUCACCAAACUCAAAAAUCACGCAAUCAAAUGGAAUGGCAAAAGAGAAAAGUUGAAAAAGAAAUGGAAUCGCUGAUUAAAGAAAUACUUAGACUCGAAGACGCACUUAGAGAUAAAGUAGAGAUUGUUAAAUGCGCUGAAACAAGAUUGGAAAAUCGGACUUAUCGUCCUGGUUAUGAAUUAUGUAGAGAUGAACCUGAAUUCGGGCUUAAAGAACAAGUACUUGAGCUUCGCCAGACAAAAGAACAAUUGAUUGAAAAGAUAAAUACUUUAAAGGCUACAUUUAAUGGAUUGGAACAACUGCUUAUUAAAAUAGACAGAAACUUGGAUGAUAAACAACACUCGUUGAUGACUGACAUAAAAUGCUUGGACAUUAGAUCGUCACUCAAGACGGGAAAUCGUGCACCAUUGAUUAAUGAAACUGAUCGAAACAUUGCUCUGACUAAUUUAGAUGAUUAAAUCCCUUUUUGAGUGAUAGUUUUAUUUUUUUAUAAUUAACUUUUACACUUUAUUCAAAUUUUACAUGCAAAAUUUUUAUUAAUAUAUUUACGCAAUGCUUCAAUGCUACAAUGAUUAUCCACUCGGUUUAUUCUGUUGUGGUUACGCGGGUUUUAAAAUAUAUAAAAAUAUCA